AGAGUUUUCCAACUUUGUUCGAAUGAUGAUGCUCAGGCCGUCAGGAGAUAUCACCGACCAUAGCAUAUCCUUGAAUAUUGAGGGUGCAUCUCUGGUCGGCGACCGAGUAACUCGGAAAAGCCAAGUUAAUUUUCCAGCCGUCACAUUGCGAGCUCAGUUCAGUUCUGGAGAGAGCGUCGAAGACUCUGGAAGCUGUGAUGUUUUCACCUCGACAGAAUCUUCUUACAGUGUUGGUAGCAAGCGUGGCUCCCGCCAUUCCCUCGAUGCCAUAGUGCUAUGUAACGACAUGGAGAAGUCCGCGCUAACACUGAGCACGGUCAGGGAUAUACUCCAGGGCUGGUUGGGGCGUGACAACGGUCAUCGUCACUAUGAAGUUCGAGUCAUCCACUUGUGCACGAUGGCCGUGGUCGUCAGUGACUCGGCCCAGUACGGCUUUGCCGACUGCGUCACGUCAUGUAGCUGUUCGAAUAAUUUUACUAACCUCAUAUCGUCGUGGGAGAUGCCUUUGGAGGUCCGGGUCCAGUCUGUCGUCCCGACCGCUUCAGCCCUCGACGAAGUUCUGCACUUAUCAACGAGGGUCCUGGUUACUCCCUAUGCUGUUCAUCACCGCUCGAGCACAUCCAGACGAUAUUGCCAUUCUAAAGUUCUUAAGUCUGUUCUACGUCAAGUGCUCACAUUGGCUGACGAUUUGGAACCUCCGAAAGAACAGUUUGCUAUUCUCGAAUCUUCGAACGGUGUUUCUGAGGAGGAACUGACGAGUCCUUUGCCCGAAGCAGAACAUUACAGAGCAGUUUUGCUCCUAGCAAGCGAGAAGUGGGAGCCUGUUGUCGACUGGGGCAUCCGUCUCGUGAAGCCGGGUGAGAACAUCAAAGUUGUUCAUUUCAUUCGAGGCCCCGAAGUCGCUAACCAAUCCGCUGAGAUGCAGCUUAUGGCGCGCCGGCGUGCACGAUUAAUAGAUCCUUCCAUUCUUUUCGACAUCCAUGUUGUUCGUGUUGAUCCGGGAGACUUCCUUACUAGAGUUGUGGAACUCUCAAAGAAGACUGAGUUUCUCGUUGUUGGCGAUUCAGGAAGAGUUCAAACGCGCCAUAGGGAUAUUAUUCUCAAAGCGCAAUGUGACGUCAUUCUGGCACGAAGCGUCAUCCCGCCGACUACGAGAUCUAUCACCAACAUGGUGGUAGGCGUUGGAGCUAGAGACUCCGAAGGUGCUAUGAAUGCGCUCGGAUUGGCGUAUCGUGUAGCAGAGAUUUCCGAGGAUGAUGAUGAAGCUGCUGUCCAUGUCGCAGGGAUCUUCGUUCCCGUAGUGAUGCACGCUGAUAAUAUGCUGAAAGGCCAAUGGCAACUUGACCGCCGAGCUGUGCUUGUUAAUGGAACCUCCAGUGUUGCUGUUCUACAUCGUGUGGAACAGUUCGUCGCCCGUCAACAGACUGAUACGGUCUCUUUCCAUCUUGAGAUGGAAGGCUACAGUGACAGUCUUCAAGUGGCUCAUCGACUACUCCUACGUACUGCAUCUGUCGAAUCUGAAGAGGCCGAAGCACCACCGUUGUUAUUCGUGGGUGCCGGGAGUUCAUCCACUGCUGGUCAGCUGGGCAGCGUCAUAGAGUACUUGACAGGGCCCAAGAGAGGGGAGCGUGCCAUUCACUCCACCACAGUCGCUAUUGCUAAACUCAGGCGCUGCGGCAUUCCCUAUCAUAAACAGCAAGUUGAAGCUUUUGUCACGAAAGUGACUUGGAACACGUCGACCGAAACUUUUGUAUGAUAUAUCAGUUCAAGUUUUCUCGCAUUUCUUUAGUGAACGCUGUCAUCAGCCCGGAUAUAUUUCCAAGUUUUUCGCAGAUUGUACAGACCAUACCCCAGAAGAUGUAAUUUCUCGCUUUCUCUGUUACACUGAUCGUUGCUGAAGGACCUUCAAUUUUUCUACUAUAA